AUGAUGCACACGAAGUCCGAGUCGGAUAUAACCAGUUUAGCUCCAUCGUCGCCUUCAAGGUCUCCGAAGCGGCCUGUUUACUACGUGCAGAGCCCUUCAAGGGACUCGCACGAUGGAGACAAGUCUUCGUCCAUGCAGGCGACUCCCAAUUACAACAGCCCAAUGGAGUCCCCUUCCCACCCUUCGUUUGGCCACCACUCCAGGAAUUCGUCGGCCAGCCGGUUCUCGGGGAUUUUCCGAUCGUCGUCGGGCCGAAAAGGAGGCCGGAAAAGGAACGAUAAGGGCUGGCCGGAGUGUAAUGUGAUCUUAGAAGAAGGCAAAUACGAUGAGCUAGAUGAUGACAAGACCUUUACCCGGCGAUGCCAGGCUAUGCUGGCUCUGUUCAGUUUUGUUCUCCUCUUCACCGUCUUUUGCCUGAUUAUAUGGGGCGCCGCCAGGCCUUACAAAGCUGAGGUUAUUAUGAAGAGCUUGACGGUGCACAACGUCUAUGUUGGUGAGGGUUCUGAUUUCACAGGGGUCCCAAGCAGGAUGCUGUUUAUAAACAGCUCAUUGAGGUUUAGAGUUUACAAUCCAGCUACGUUUUUUGGCAUCCAUGUUACCUCGGCACCUAUCAAUCUCAAAUACUCCGAAAUUACUGUGGCAACUGGUCAGUUGAAGAAAUAUUUUCAGCCCAGAAGGAGUCACCGGACCGUGUUGGUGAACGUGCAAGGCAACAGAGUUCCCUUGUACGGGGCAGGAUCAGGUUUAGUGCCCUCCAAGAACAACGAAGUUCAAGUUCCAUUGAAAUUAGAACUUGAAAUUCGGGCUCGCGGCAAUGUGGUAGGGAAGCUGGUGAGGACGACGCACAAAGUCCGAAUCUCUUGCCCCUUGGUUAUCACCAUCUCUUCUCGCGCUAGCAAACCAAUAAAGUUCAAGAAGAAUUCCUGCUUAUAUGGCUGAAUCCCUAUCUCAUGCCCCCCCGGCAUUACAAGUACUCGGGAAGAAGUUGAGUUUCCAGUGGUAAAAGAAGGUUUCAGAGGCUUUGCUGCCAUGCUCUGUGCUCUCUUAUAAUGCUUCUGCAAAUAAACUACAUAUUCAUAUGUAUUUACGUAUGUGCGUGUGUGUGUGUUUUGCAAACGAUUUUGAUUUCAGUGUGAUUGAAUUGUGCCACCGUCAAAGUACCCAAAGCAGAGAUCAAAUUUGUUGAAUAGAAUGGUUUUGAACUUUUUAUCCA